AUGUUUGAUGAAAUUCGGUAUGAACUCAACAGUGUGGAGAUUGAUCGCAACAGAAAUGUUGGAAUUACCAGUACCAUCAAGAACUAUGUAUCGCUGACGUAUGACAAGUCUUUGAUUGCGUUGAACGCUGGAUGGGAUUCUAGAUCCGAUAUAACGGAAGGUUACUUUAACUUUUGCGUACCGCUCAACAUGCUGUUGGGCUUUUGCGAGGAUUACAAACGCGUGAUUGUUAACGCUCGCCAUGAAUUGAUUUUGAUACGAGCGCGCAACGAUAACAAUUGUAUACUGGGAAAUCCUGCGACGGAACCGGAGGUUGAACUGAUCAAAGUGCAAUGGCGGAUGCCUCAUGUUAUGCUAAACGAGAUCAAUAAACUAUCAAUGCUGCGAGCAUUGGUAAGCGGUCGUUAUCUCAGUAUGAGUUUUCGCUCAUGGGAUCUAUACGAGUAUCCUCUGUUACAGAGUACGACGAAGCAUUCAUGGGCUGUCAAAACGGCGACUCAACUCGAGAAGCCACGUUACGUUAUUUUUACUCUUCAGACCGGUCGAAAGAAUAUCAUGUCUCAAGAUGCAAGCGUGUUUGAUGAUUGUAAAUUGAGUAAUGUGAAGCUUUAUCUCAAUUCAGAGUUUUAUCCGUACGGUGAUUUGAAUCUCGAUUUCGACCAAAAGAGAUACGCUCUCCUAUUUGAUAUGUACGCGCGUUUUCGUAAAGCAUAUUACGGAAUCGACUGCUUCGAAACGCUGCUCAAUGUACUCUCGUUUAUCGAGAAAGGACCGUUUGCUGUCAUUGACUGCUCGCGACAAAACGAAUCCGUCAAGAGCGCUACCGUGGAUGUGCGAAUAGAAUUUGACUGCAAGGAGAAUGUACCCGCCAAUACUACCGCCUAUUGCCUCAUCAUACAUGAUCGUGUUAUCGAAUACUGCCCGCUGUCCAAGGUAGUGCGCAAGAUUAUGUAA